AGCAAAUUCUAUUUAAAAGCAACACUCAAACUAGCAACGCUAUACAUAUAAGAAAAAUUCUUGUACAAAUAUAUAACUUAGAAAGAAACUUAUAUCGUCCUACUCUUUGUGUUGACUGAUGGCUCAACUAGGCCAUGAGAAGUCGGAAACAGUUUACAAUUCGUUGCAAUCGUCGGUGCCAGGGAUCAAAGAUACGGUGGUAGCAUUACUAAGAUUGGUGGCUCUUUUGGCUACAUUGGCUGCUACGAUUGGUAUGGUUAUCAACAAAGAAACCAAGACCUUUGUUGUUGCUACCAUUGGUACUAACACUAUUAAAGCUACACUUACCGCAAGGUUUCAAGACACCCCGGCAAAUAUAUUCUUUGUUGUAGCUAAUGGAUUGGCUACUUUGCACAACCUGUUGGUGUUGAUAGCAAUGUUCUUUGGAAAGAAGAUUGAUCCCAAAGGAGCUCGUGAUGUGGCUAUCUCAUUUUUUUUUUUUUUGUUUGUUCUUUCUUAGUUCUAUUUGUGUUCUGUGUUUUGGUAAAUGGUUGGUUUCCGGCACCUAAAAAAAAAAUAAUUUUGUUUCAUUUUUUUUUUCAAAGGUGUCAAUUUGGGUACCUUGGGUCAGGUGAGGUCAAGUUAGGUUAGUCGGGCUAAUUUUAGAGUAGAGUUAACAUUAUUUAUUGUGUCCAUAAGAACAAAAUAUUUAAUUGGGCCUUUUUUUGUGACGAAACAAAGUUGGCCAAUUUUUUACACCUCUAGUUUUUCCAUGAUAAACUACAAAGAAGAAGUAUAAAUAAUAGUUUAAGGAUUCAAAUCUAA